UUAAAAAAGAGUCUUAGUGCAUGGCCGCACCUACCUUCCUUUCUUCACGUAAAAUUGUAAUCAUCAUCAAACUAAUUGCCGGCUUGCCGCUAUUCUUUUUUUUCUACGGCCGGGGGAACCUUUUGGUAACUAAACAUCUUCCUAAUCUUCCAUACCCUUUUCUUAUUAAUUCUCCAUCUGUCAUCUUCCACUUAAUCCUCAUUCUUUCCAUAACUUGAAGCUAAUCGAACAAGCAAUUUUUAAACCUGUCCCUAUCUUCAGCUUCUUUUUAGCGACAUCAACAAGGUAAUGACAGCCUUCCCUCUCCCAAAUCUCUGGCUCUUUUUCAGUAUAAUACAACCAACUUAAACCUUCAAUCCCUUCCAUAAGUAACACCUUACGAAAAAUUUCAUAAAUCAUAUAUUCCUUCCUCAAUCUUUCCUUUCGUCGAUCCCACUAAUUAAUUACAAUCAAGCACAAAUGAUCUCCUCCUCCAAUACCCAUUUCCCCGUUAAGUAUUCACAUACAUAAAUAGCUCUCUAUGAUCUUCCUCCGUUCUUACUACUUUCUCAUCAUCCAUCCCAAUUAGUUACAAUGUCGGAUUUCCUUCUCUUUGUCGCGCUCGUUUCAUACUUCAUUUCGCUCAAUUUAGAAGUUGGUGGAGCGACGAGCAUUGGGAUCAACUACGGCCUGCUGGGAGACAACCUCCCGCCGCCGGAAAGAUGCGUCAGCCUGCUGAAGUCGAGGAAUGUGAAUCGGGUCCGGAUCUUCGACCCGAACCACGACGUCCUCACUGCGUUGGCUAACGCCGGCGGGAUGGAAGUAGUCCUGGGGACGCUGAAUGCCGAUCUGGAGCAGCUGGCCAGCAGCCCGUCCUUCGCGGCCCAAUGGGUCUCGGCCCACGUAAUCCCCUUCCGGCCCAGAUUGAAAUUUCGCUACAUCACGGCGGGGAACGAGGUCAUCCCAGGCCCAAUGGCCCAUCUCGUUCUAAACGCGAUCAAGAACCUCGACUCCGCCCUGAAAUCGGCGCAAAUCACCGACGUCCCCGUCACCACGGCGAUCGGCAUGGCGUCGAUCGGGAAAUCGUACCCCCCAUCGGCGGGCGAAUUCUCCGACGAAUCGAGGCCGUACGCCGGUCCGGUCGUCGAAUUCCUCGCAUCGAACGGCUACCCGCUGCUGGCCAACGUGUACCCUUACUUCGCCUACAAGGGCGACCCGGCGAACAUCGCCCGGGAGUACGCGUUGGGGAAUUCCGUCGCCGGAGGCGGCGGGAAGAGGGUGGUCGACGGGAAUUUGGAGUACCGGGGGUUGUUCGACGCGAUGGUGGAUGCGAUGUACGCGGCGGCGGAGAAGGUGAAUGGGGGAGGGUUGAAGGUCGUGGUGUCGGAGACAGGGUGGCCGAGCGCCGGAGCUGAGGUGGCGACGGUGGAUAACGCGAGGGCGUACGUGAACAACGUGGCGGCGAAGGCCCGUGCCGGCGCCGGGACGCCGAGGCGGCAGGGGAGUGAAGUGGAGACGUAUUUGUUUGCUCUGUUCAAUGAGGAUUUGAAGCCGCAGGGAGAAGAGCAGAAUUUCGGGUUGUACCGACCCGACUUGACGGAGGUUUACAAGGUUGAUUUGAAUUAAUUGCAGUUUUUUAGUUCAAUGAGCAUGGGAACGGCGUCGUGCUCUAUUUAAUUUAGUUUUAGUAUAGUAUUCGGUCUAUUUCAUUUGUAAGCCUUUUACCUGUUUCUUGAAAAUGUCAGCUCGAUUUCUCUCUUGAAAAGAAUAAUAAACUCUUUUA